CUCUCCUCUCCACAUCCGGCUUCCCCUUCAGUUUUUCUGAAGAAUACAUCAGUUUUGUUCCAGUCACUGCCUUGUUUCUAACAGAAACUACACCAAUCUAUAUCGAGGCUAGACUUUAGAGCACAAGUGAGUGAUCAUGGAGCACGUUAUCGUGAGCGGAGCCACGGGGGCCCUGAACCUCGUCCUGGGGAAGCUAGCAACUCUGCUCACUGAGGAGUUCAAGCUGGUCGUGGGGGUGCGUGGCAAAAUCAGGUUCCUUCAGGCCGAGCUAGAGGCAAUGCACGCCUUCCUCUUGAAGAUGUCUCGGGUGGAGGAACCUGACGAGCAAGCCAAGAGCUGGAUGAAGCAGGUGCGGGAGCUGUCCUAUGACAUCCAUGAUCAAAGAGGUCAAGAGUCUCGAGACCCUAGUCAAGGAGGUGGCGGAUCGGCGUGCAGGGUACAGAAUUGACGACAGCAUCUGCAAAGCCACCAAUGUAACUGUUGAUCCUCGAGUCAGCUGUCAGUACAAGGAUCCAUCUGAGCUCGAAGGCAUUGAAGGACCAACCGAGAAGAUCAUCAAGAUGUUGAAUGGGGGAGAGGAAGAUGCACCAGUGCCGCAACUGAAGUUGGUCUCGAUCGUUGGAUUUGGAGGAUUGGGCAAGACAACUCUUGCCCGUCGUGUUUACGACACAUUUGGAAAACACUUCGACUAUCGGGCUUUUGUAUCAGUCUCUCGGCAUCCUAACAUGGUGAUGAUUCUCAAGGAUAUUCUCAGCCAAGUGGGUUAUGAUGGACACUUAUCAGAGAUUGAAGAAUCUCUAAUUGGCACCAUUUCCAUGUACCUGGAAAAUAAAAGGUACUUCAUCGUAGUAGAUGAUGUAUGGGACGUUCAAUCGUGGGACAUUAUUAAAUGUGGUUUUUUGAAAAAUAGUGGCGGUAGCAAAAUAAUCACAACAACUCGUGAAGUGAAGUGGCCAAAUCAAGUUGCAUCCCAUAUGGCAGUUGUGUUUAUAACUUAAUGCCUCUUAGCACAGUGGACUCUGAAAGGUUGUUUCUUCGGAGAAUAUUUGGUAAUGGACAGCAAUGCCCACCGCAUCUCAAAAGAAUUUCUGAUAAGAUACUGGAAAAAUGUGGUGGUUUGCCCUUGGCAAUUCUUGCUAUAUCUGGUUUGUUAGCAAC